AUGGUCAUUGAACAGGGGACUUAUACAGAGCAUGUGUGUGAAAUUUGCGCUGCUGGAAUUUUCCUUACGGCACCUUCUUGUUCUGCUCUGCAGAACCACUUUCCUGAAAAACUCGGCCAGUUUGAGGGGGAUGGCAAGCGGCGCUUACCGAUGCGGAUUCGGUUGAUGUACUACUCCGACUACGUGAAGGCCGACCACAUGGGCAUGGCUAUUGCUGCCCUCGGUGACAGUGAUGGACCGCCAUUCGUUAUUCAAGAUAUCGUAAAGAACUCAAUGGCGGACAGGGGCCACCUAGAAGUGGGUGACGAGUUAUUUUCAGUGGACAAUCUCUGCUGUUCCUUUGUUGCUGAUCGUCCCAUUCUCGUGCCCACGUUGACCAAACUUCAUCAGCUGCUGGAGCGCCUUGCGAAGAAGCAGAGGCCCGUCGAGGUGAAGGUAUUUCGGGGACAUGGUCCAUCUGACCGAGGCAUCUUAGGAUAUGUCGAAUAUGUGAAUGAGGUGUAUAGUGACGAAGUUGCAAAACAUGGCGAAAACGGAGCGCCACAAAGAGAUGUUUCAGACGGUGGAGGCAUCACAUUGGUCGAAGUCGAAAAGGUUCACCCUGUACGAGGCGUUCAGCAUUUCGUUCCUUCAUCGGAAAGUGUUGUGGCUGAUUACCAAGAUCCUGAAAUGGUGUACACAACUUCGCCGCAAGUCGAAAUGGCCUCCACGGUGGUGACAGCUGAAGCUGGUGUGGGGGUAUCGCGAUCAAAGUCAUCGCCGGAGGUUGUCGAAGUUUCCAACCCCAUAAAAGCGCAUCAAUGUGGGCAUUUGCAACCACCGGUCCUAGCAGUUUACGGUAUUUCGUCUGAAUUGCAGCCCUUAAGCUCGGCAUUGGAAGCUUCGGCGCUUGCAUCACCUCCGCCAUCGUCGAAAUGGGCGCCAAUCAUAUCAUCUGAGGCGUCUUCAUCGAUUUGCACUGCUUCAUCUCCGCUACCAUCUAUUCUAGGGCUGACGUCGUCACACCUCAAUGGACAUCCUAAGUCCUCGCUGCUUGCCCCACCGCUGUCGGCUUGUGGGAACUCUGCAACUCAGCCUCUUCUUGAACAGUCAAUCGAUUCCACACAGGAACUUCAACCAAGGCUUAUUUUGUAUCCGAGAGCUCAAUCGCCUAGCAAAGGUUUUGUAUCUGCUCAACAAGAUACUGCACCCAUUAGUCGCUCACUGCCUUCACAAAAAAGAAAUUUCAAUGAAGAUAUGCGUACACAGAAAGCAAAUCCAGAUUAUAAGUCCCCUCCGGCCAAGGCGUCGAUUUCGCAUAAUCCACUUCAAACUAACACAUGUCAGACCCUGCGUUCUCAAGAAAUAAAACAAGCCUUGGAGUCCCAGGAUGACGUGCAAUACGAUAGUGAUGUCAGUUCUUUGAACGAGGGUGUGUACUUCGAACCCAACCCAUCAGACUUCAAUUUAAAAAGUGAUUUAAAAAUUUCCGGACCCAUGGUAGUGGCUUAUGAGAAUAAUCUACUGGCUACAAGUGAUGUUGACAACGAUGAUUUUUCGAAGAAGACACAAGAGAUAAUACCCAAGUCAGCGGAUUCCACAACUGUAAUGGCAGCAAAGGAGUAUGCGACGGAGCCUAAAGAGACGAUAGAGGAAGUCCACUCCGACCUAUUGCCCAACGUGGAAAGUGAAGAACAGAUGUGCAUAAACAAGGAGCACGAGGUGCCAAAAGUCGUGACUAAGUGCACAAAAACGGAGACUUUGAUGGCGGAAAUGGUGACGACAAGUACGCUACAAAGUGUGCAAGAGCAUGUAGAUUUCGCCACUUUAUCCUCUCCCAAACAAUUUGGUAAACUCGACCAAGUGACCGAAGUCAGAAUGAAGGAGAAAGAUCAGAAGGAAAAUCCGCACUUACAAGCAAACUCGAGGUCAUUGGCGAGGCAGAUGAUUGGCGGACCAUUUCGAAAUCGACUGGGAUUAUCUCCUGUUCGUGCACCAAGAGUCAAUGUAAUUGGCACAUGGUACACAUGCGCGGGCUGCAAUCAGCAACUGGGUACCAGUGACCUUAUGAUUAUUGAACAGCUGAGUUUGUUUUACCACCUCUCCUGUUUCGUCUGUGCCCGGUGUGGCAUCCAACUGAGCGAUGGACAGAACGAGACUUCGGUGAGGAUUCGCAAUGGCUUAAUUUACUGCUAUGUUUGCUACCAUCGGAUAAGCAAAUCACUGUCACGUAGUAAGGAGAGGAGCGAGAGAGCGAAAUUAAAGGAAAGUCCUACUCGAAGUGAUCGACAUUCCUCGCUGGCGCGAUCUUCCGCGAAGAUGGAACAGUUUUUUAACGCAAACUCCUCAUCCCAAUCGGGUGAGUACAUUGCAUAA